AUGGCGAUGACGCUGUGGUUGCCGCUUCUUCUCUGGAUCACUGCGGCCGCCGGCGUACCCCAAGCUCGCGCUCAGCCUGACAACAAAGGAUUCAUAACCAUAGAUUGUGGUCUCUCGGAGGAGAUGGGCUAUGUGGACAACGCCACCAAGCUCUCGUACACCCCCGACGCUGGCUUCAUCGAUGCCGACACCGGCACGAACCAUAUUAUCUCGCCGGAGUAUGUCGUCCCGGCUUUGGCCAAGGUUUGGUACAGUUUGCGUAGCUUCCCAACCGGCAUGCGGAACUGCUACACGCUUCGCUCCCUCAUGCCCGGGCUCAAGUACAUGAUCCGAGGGAGGUUCAAGUACGGCAACUACGACGGCCUUGAUCGGCUGCCAGUGUUUGACCUCCAUAUCGGCGCCAACUACUGGCACACCGUGAACAUCACGAACUCAACGGAUGCGGUGUUCGUGGAGGCCAUCGUGGUGGUGCCGGAAGACUUCAUGCAGGUCUGCCUGGUGGACACCGGUGGCGGUACGCCGUUCAUUUCUGGCCUGGACCUGAGGCCGCUGAAAAGAACACUCUACCCGCAGGUGACCCCGGCACAGGGUCUGGUCCUAUUUGCCAGGCUCAACUUCGGCCCGACCGACGAGACCUUCUACGUUAGGUAUCCCGAUGAUCCACACGACCGGAUAUGGAGGCCUUGGGGCAACAAGGUAAUGUGGACCGAGAUAUCAAUGGCCAGCGGGGUGCAGAACAUAGCCAACGAAGACUUAUUCGAGGCGCCCAAGGCGGUGUUGAAGACGGCGAUCAAGCCUCGGAAUGCCUCUGGGGACUUAGAAUUCACCUGGUACCCCGUGCCCACCCCCAAAGACCCGUCCCCCGGGUACAUUGCCAUCCUGCACUUCGCCGAGCUAGAGAUCCUACCCAACAACACUGUGCGCCAGCUGAAUAUCACCCUCAACAGCAAGCCGUUGUAUUUGUAUACAAGCGACAUCGUGCCGGAUCGUAUCUAUGAUAUCGCCCUCUACAACAGUGGCCCCUUCAUCCGUCACAACAACUACACAAUCUCCAUCAACGCCACGGCUAACUCGACGUUGCCGCCUAUCAUCAACGCGGCCGAGAUCUUCUCCCUCAUCCCCACAACCAACCUUGGCACCGACUCCCAGGAUGUUUCCGCAAUCAUGGCGAUCAAGGCCAAGUAUCAAGUGAAGAAAAACUGGAUGGGUGAUCCGUGUGUUCCGAAGAGUAUGGCAUGGGACAGGUUGACCUGCAGCUACCCACCCGGCAGCCCUCCAAGGAUCACAAGCGUAAACCUGUCCUCCAGUGGUCUAAAUGGCGAUAUAUCAUCAACUUUCGCGAAUCUCAAGACAAUCCAAUACCUGGACCUGUCAAACAAUAACCUUACAGGCUCAAUUCCAGAUGCCCUUUCGCAAUUACCUUCACUGACGUUUCUAUAUGGCAACAAUCCAAACCUCUGUACCAAUGGUAAUUCAUGUCAGCUGCCUGCUAAAAGGAAUAGCAAGCUAGCCAUCUACAUUGCUGUGCCCGCAGUUCUGCUUGCAGUGAUAGUAUCAAUGAUAUUGCUACUGAUUUGCUUCCUGAAACCAAAGAAGCAAGGUGAGGUUUCUGCAGCACCACAACAAUCCAAUGCACCGGAAAACAAUGUCUGCACCGACAGUUCGCUGGAACGCCUUGAGAACCGUCGGUUCACGUACAAAGAGUUAGAGCUGAUAACGAACAACUUUCAGCGAGUGCUUGGACGGGGCGGGUUUGGGUAUGUCUACGACGGCUUCUUGGAGGAUGGUACACAGGUGGCGGUGAAGCUGCAGUCUCAUUCUUCCCAUCAAGGCGUCAAGGAGUUCCUCGCAGAGGCUCAAAUUUUGACACGGAUUCAUCACAAGAAUCUUGUCUCCAUGAUUGGUUAUUGCAAGGAUGGAGAGUAUAUGGCACUUGUCUAUGAGUACAUGUCGGAAGGAACACUGGAAGAGCAUAUUGAGGGUAUCAACCGCAACGCAUCACGUCUAGCAUGGACAGAAAGGCUACGAAUCGCACUUGAAUCUGCGCAAGGGCUGGAGUACCUACACAAGGGUUGCAAUCCGCCCCUCAUCCAUAGAGAUGUUAAGGCCACCAACAUUUUGUUGAACACGAGACUCGAGGCUAGGAUCGCUGACUUUGGCUUGUCCAAGGCCUUUGACGACAGCAAUGACACCCAUGUGUCUACAAACACGCUCGUCGGCACCCCUGGAUACGUAGAUCCAGAGUGCCAAGCGACGAUGCAGCCAACAACAAAGAGUGAUGUGUACAGCUUCGGAGUCGUGCUACUAGAGCUAGUCACAGGGAAGCCGGCCAUCCUCCGGGAGCCGGUGCCCGUGAGUAUCAUCCAGUGGACACGUAAGCGGUUGGCACGGGGCAACAUCGAGGAUGUGGUGGAUUCACAAAUGCUUGGAGGUUACGAUGUCAAUAGUGUGUGGAAAGUUGCAGACAUUGCACUCAAGUGCACCACACAAAUGUCCACGCAUCGACCCACCAUGACUGAUGUGGUGAUGCAACUACAGGAAUGCAUUGAGCUCGAGAAGGCUCGUGGUGGCGAUGACAUCACAAGCGACGGAUUCUGCUCUGGCAAUAGUGGUGAGAACCCGAACUUAAGUUAUGAUGCUUACACGACUAAUCAAUCUACUAAUGUGAGCCAAAACAACACUACAUUUGAGAAGGAGCAUAAUUUUAAGAGAGUGCCAACAGUGGAUACCGGUCCUUCUGCACGUUGA